GUAGAGCGGUAGGUGUGUCACAAACAGGAAGAAUGAGUAGCAGUGGGGCAGAGCUGUCAUUCUCAGGGACUCCAUCAGCGCAGCCUGCUACAAACCUUCUCUCUGCGUCUAGUCGAACUUGCUCUCCACCACUUGGGACUAAUAUUUACGCUUUGUAAUUGGCUCCUUCAUGUAACCCUGCCUUUCCCACUUCACUGGCCCCUCACAACGAUCCCCCCAUAUCCACCCCUAUGUUUGUUGGUGUUCCGGCUCACAGGUUCCAUGGUUCCAUAGACAGAGGCACCAUGAACAAAGCAAUCCGAGAGCUGGACCUCCUGUCCGGAAUAAGCGCGGUCCCCCUGCUGCACAGGAGCCACCCCUACCUGCCAGACAUCGCCCGGGACACCAGCGAGCAUCUCAAGCAAAUCCAAGCCAAGGGCUCCUGGAACGAUCAUGGGCAACACGAAUACUUGUACAUUACAGUUAACAGCAUCCUGCGCAAGGCAGCGCACUGCAACGACAUACUUAGCGCUAACAGGGUUCCGCAGGGAGCGGAGACCGAGGCCAGGAGAAACCUCACCAAACUCUCGCUGAUUUUCAGCCACAUCCUCUCGGAACUCAAAGCCCUGUUUCCUGGGGGGAAAUUUCAGGGGAACACAUAUAAAAUCUGCAAACCUGAAGCCUCACAGUUCUGGACAAGCAAAUUUGGGCAUAAAUGCCUUGUGCAAUGGAGUGAGUUCCGAACUGGACUUAAUGUUGUGCACCCCGUUGGAUCUGGGCCUCUGGAGUCCGCCCUGCACAGCACAGUAGAUCUCACCUGCAAUGACUAUGUGUCGGUGUUUGAGUUUGACAUCUUUACGCGACUAUUUCAGCCUUGGAACACUCUCCUGCAGAACUGGAUGCUGCUAGCUGUUACACACCCUGGCUAUAUGGCAUUCCUGACUUACGAUGAGGUCAGAGAGCACUUGAAGAGCCACAUCCAGAAACCUGGCAGUUACAUCUUCAGACUAAGCUGCACACACCUUGGCCAGUGGGCUAUUGGCUAUGUGACAUCAAAAGGAGAAAUUCUACAGACCAUCCCACACAAUAAGCCCUUAUAUUUGGCACUUCUGGAAGGACAGAAGGAGGGGCUGUAUUUACACCCUAAUGGAGUGAGCAGCAAUCCAGAUUUAUCAGAACUGAGCAACCCCUCAACAAGCCCUAAGGUUCAGGUGACACAGGAGCAAUGGGACCUAUAUUCCCAGAUGGGUUCUGCCUUCGAGCUCUGCAAGAUCUGUGUUGACAAUGAGAAGAAUGUCCGGAUAAAGCCGUGUGGGCACUUACUGUGUAAUGACUGCCUGUUAGCAUGGCAGAAGUCUGAUGGGCACACGUGCCCUUUCUGCCGCUGUGAAAUUCAAGGUAAAGAAGAAGUGCGAGUCCUUUCCCAGCCAGAGGCAGAAGAGAGCACAAUGUCUAGUGAAGCCAUUGGUUCAUUAUCUUCUGACUUAACAAAAGAAGAAGAAGACUGGAUCAGACAGCGACCCCUUCCACCUCCACCUGUCCCUGCUCCCUUUAUACCCUCUGCCCCUCCUCUGUCUCCUGCACACUCACCAACCCCCUUUGGGCUGCAGGUUGUAUCUCCUAUGGCCCAGAGAUUGCAACUACAAGCCAAUGAUGUCAUAUUUGGAAGACCAGAAGCCCAUCGAGAAGCCCCUCGUGCCACAAACAGAACUCCACCGCUGCCACCGAGGAUUAGAUGGGACAGACACAGGGGGCAGCAUCCUUUUCACACUGCUUAGUCCUACCCCGUUGUGUUCAACCUGCGCCCACAGAAUGCAUAUGGGCACUAGCAUAAAAGUCACAGAGUCUGCACAAGAUGUAGCUUGUAGCAACCAAUCAGAUGGUUGCUUUUAAACAGGUGAUCUGCUGAUUAGUUGCAAUGGAAUACUAGACCAGGUGGAAAGUUAUACCUUUUACGUCACGUAAUACAAACCAUGCCGCAGCGCUUCCAGUUGCAAAGAAGUGAAAUAAAAGUGUUUAAUGAGGUCAAAGACCAAGCAAUGUGUUGGGCUCUCUGUUGCCUUUUCUCAAGCGUUUUUCACUUUUUUGCAACUGGAAAUACCAGUAUAUAACUUAUUACCCCGGGCAAGGGCUUCAGCUCUUUGAGCACCUGCCCUACAAGACAUUAAAGGUGGUUGAAGCUGUUAUAAUUACUAACAGACUAUGCCUUUUAUAUCAUUGCCCUAGUGCACACAACCCCCUAUUACACUCUAUUUCACACAGAAUGCACUUUAUGCACAAGGAACGCUGGCUCUUUUUGGUAGUUAGCAUAACAUGUUGUAUAUAUGGAACAUUAAUAAUAAACCUGAGACAAUAUCACACUUGUUUCUAAUCAUGGUAUAUGCCUGGUUAUUUCUGCUGUCUGGAUGUGGCCCAGUUGUGCAUGUAGUUACACUUGGUCCAACCUCCAGCCAGGCUGCUAUAUGGCCACUAGUCGGCCCCUAUGAUGGUUCCUGGGAAGGUGUUGGGUGGGGAGGGAACCCCUUUUCAUGAACAAAGGAAGAACUUUGCCGAGAUUGGGUUUAUUGGGAGGGAAUUAUGGACAGAGGAAGGACUCUGAGAUGGUUUGGUGUAUGGGGGUGGGAAAAAGUUCUGGGUAAAGCCAAAGACUGAUGGACUAUUGGUGGUGAAUAGUCUGAAUUGGUUUUAUUUGUUUUGAACUGUUGAGUUUUAUUGUAAAUUGAUAAGUUUUUAUUGAAUAAAAAAAUUCCUAUGAUGGUU